AUGUCGAUACAAGUGUGCAAGGAUCCACCCUACAAAGUUGAAGAGUCUGGGUAUGCUGGUUUCAUUUUACCAAUCGAGGUUUACUUCAAAAACAAGGAAGAACCUAAGAAAGUUCGAUUUGACUAUGACUUAUUCCUGCACCUUGAAGGCCACCCACCUGUAAAUCACCUCCGCUGUGAAAAGCUCACAUUCAACAACCCGACAGAGGAAUUCAGAAGAAAGCUGCUAAAGGCAGGAGGGAUCAUGGUAAUGUCAGAUGGCACAUCGUUCUCUUCAGGACAGAGCCUUCAUCUCCCAAACCUUCCCACUAACUCCCUGUCUUUUUCUGAAGUGAAGAAGAAAUCAUCUCAUGGGCCAAAGGACCCAACUAGGAUUCUGAAUACAAAUAGCAGCAGCAGCAGUAGUAACAGUUUUUCAAAGACCCACAAGUUAACAAAGGAGCACAAGGAAAAAACUUCUAAAGACUCAAAAGAACAUAAAAGUGCCUUCAAAGAACCUUCCAGGGAACACAACAAAUCUUCCAAAGAAUCCUCUAAGAAACCCAAAGAAAACAAACCAAUAAAAGAUGAAAAAAUAGUUCCGAAGAUGGCCUUCAAGGAACCCAAGCCCAUGUCCAAGGAGCCAAAAUCUGAAAACAUCCCCAUCCCUACCAUAACAGGUGGGCAGCAGCAAGAAAAGAAGACCCCCACAAAAAGGCCCUCUGUUCUGGACUCUGAUGAACCUUCUGCAAAAAAAAGAAAAAAAAGUGGCUCAGAUUCAUUAUUUAAAAGUUUUUCUAGCACCCCACCACUGAUUCUUACUUGUUCAGUGGACAAAAAACAGACAAAGGAUCGAUCUCAGCUCAAGGUGGGGAGAGUCAAAAUUGAAAAUGAUACACUGGAAAAGAAGACGCCUACUCUGCCACCAUUUGAUGAUAUUGUAGAUCCCAAUGAUUCCGAUGUGGAGGAAAAUGUGUCUUCCAAAUCUGAAUCUGAACAGCCCAGUCCUGCCAGUUCCAGCUCCAGUUCCAGUUCCAGUUUUACACCAUCUCAAAACAGCAGACAACAAGGUCCGUUGAGGUCUAUAAUGAAAGAUCUGCAUUCAGAUGAUAAUGAAGAUGAAUCAGAGGAAGCAGAUGAGAAUGACAAUGAUUCUGAGUUGGAACGACCUGCAAAUACACGAGGAGGAAGCAGGAGUCGCAGGGUUAGUCUGAGUGAUGGCAGUGACAGUGACAGCAGUUCAGCUUCCUCACCACUACAUCAUGAACCAGGACCACCUCUAAUGAAAACCAGCAACAACCAGAUUUUAGAAGUGAAAAGUCCAAUAAAGCAAAACAAAUCUGAUAAACAAAUAAAGAAUGGGGAUUGUGAUAAGGCAUAUCUCGAUGAACUAGUAGAGCUCCACAGAAGAUUAAUGACAUUGAGAGAGAGACAUGUACUGCAGCAGAUAGUAAAUCUUAUAGAAGAAACUGGACACUUUCAUAUCACAAAUACAACCUUUGACUUUGAUCUGUGCUCACUGGACAAAACCACAGUCCGUAAACUACAGAGUUAUCUGGAAACAUCUGGAACCUCCUGAGGAUUCAGCAUCCGGAUGCAUCAAAAACUGUUUAAAUGAAACAUUCAGAAUGAUGCAACCAAAACGGAGGGCAAAAACAAAACAGCUCUCUUCAGCUUUAUUUUUCCUUAAAGCCACUCAUCCUCUCUUGAUAAGGGAGAGGAAAAGUGACAAGACUCAGAGGACCACUCUUCUCAAGAAGAAAAUGCUCUGGAAGAGUUUGCCUGGAUAGCCUUGAAAAACAAACACACAAAAACAAACAAAAAUACUUGGUCUUAAUGAAUGUGUAUGGUAUCAUGUAUCUCUCUCUGUGGUGUUCCAGUCCACAAGAUGAAUGCAUGUUCAACACACUGCCUUAUUAUGUAACUGAUCUAUUUAUUAUUGCAUACAUGUAUUCUAAAGUCAGUGAGUCAUUGAAUGACACUACCAGAUGUUGCAAGUAAGGGGAUCCCAUGUGUGCUCUUUUGAUGCAGUACUAUCACAAGCCUAGUAACCUUAUUCAUGUUAAAAUGCCACUUCUUGCUAUCUUUCUCUAGUCACUUAAAACACUACAGUCUUGUUUCCACUUCUGCAGUUCCAGGAAACAAGAUACAAAGCUGGGGACCAAACAGUGGUCCUAUUUUUUGUUUCCCAUCUGCUGCAGUGGGUUGGACCACAGCAGGAUGGACCGCAGGUCUUUGGC